GGUUUGUAGAGAAUGGAAUGGGUGGGGAGGGAGUUUUGUAGAGGGGUUGGUGGUGCUAUGGGAGACAUGUUAUCUAGCGCAGGCAGUGCAGGAAGUCACACCGGUGUCCUCAGUGCAUACAAAUCAGAACACAGGAACAUACCAGCUCUCAGCACGUGUGCAUCAGACAUGUAUGAUUUUCCACCUGUAAAACCCAAGUUUGUGUCUCCGGACGGUAGUCGCCAUUUUGGCUCCACGGUCGCACGUAAUGGAUACGAAGCCCAGCUUCGGUCUGUGCGAGUGGCGGUGCUCUCCCUCCUGCUGUACCCCUCUGUACUGAACCCUGCUGGACUUGGGAGGGCCUGAGCCCGCCGCGGGGUUUUCGGAAUUAACCCUCGGCCAAUCGCCGUGCUCGGAGGCACAGGUCCAGCCGGGACCACAGAGGAAGAAGUCAGUCCUCCGGCGGCUGCCUUUGAGGCGUGGCGCUCAGGAGCCGUGCUAGUCGGCCGACUCGCUGAAUAAUGCACUGAAUUCCCGGUCGGGGACCCGAGCCAAGCAGCGAUAUUUUGGCAGAUUGCUGUCCACAGCAUGAGUGGGUGGGGGAGGGUGCGUCAGACCUGUUUUCAUCAGCUCCUUUUUUUAGAGGGAAAUCUGGCACCCGGUCUAAGCUGCUGUUGCGUAGUUCAGUUGCAUAAGUCGCACUGAAUAGCAUAUUAAAAGGAGGUGGGGUGUUCAGCAUCCAGUGAUGACUUUGGCUCCGCCGUGACCUGCAGUUUGAUGUCGAAACAGGCCCUGACAUUGUUAUGUAGCAAACAGACACACGGAGUAGAAGUAACACGCACUCCUUUUACUGCUUGUGUAGUGCCUAGGAGACUGCCGUGAGCUGGACAGGGAUCUUUAUUGUGAUGUCACAGGACAACGUGAGACAGUUAUGUGGACUGGACAGGUGUCUUCAUUGUGAUGUCACAGGACAGUGUGAGACAGUGAUGUAGGGUGCCUGUCAGCAGGGGGUGCUGAAAGACAGACUAAACCUGAUUACCCCCGAGUAGGACACGCAUUCAUUGAUAGACACCUCUGUGAUUUUAGAUGCACUGAAAGCAGUGCCUUCAAACCCUUUACCUGCCCAAAGAUCAUCCUUACUUGUGUUGCAAUACUGCUUUUCAGCUUUCAAAAGAGAACUAGUUCCCUCGGAUUUCUUUUGUGCGGGUGCAUUAGCGUUCGCCUGGCCUCUGAAAUGCAUCACAUCUCAUAGGUUAUGGUCAGAGUUGGCGGUGUUGCAGCACAGCACGUGUCCGUACCCUCUGCACUUGAUAUUAGGACAAGGAUUUCAGAGACAGUGUUCGAACGAAGGAACGGAGAUGCAGUUUGUGCGUGACUUGCAUAGCCUCCUGAUUCUGUUGUUGGAGCCGCUCAGGAGAAAGCAGUCUGGUGUACAGGUAGCGUAGUGUGUUUGAGCGCACAGCUUAACUCUCUACUCACACAGUUUACGUCAUGGUUGCCUUUCAGGCCUUGUUAUGAGUAACCAUGGAAACUCGGUAUAUCCGUCAUACCCUUGCGGGAGCUCCCUCCCCCACAAGUCCCUGUUCACCCAAUCCCGUGAGGUUUUUCACCAGUCAGUCAGAAUAAACAAAGCAACUAGGCCACAUUCAGUCUGGUUAGGUCUACAUAAAGCCUGCAUGUAGUGAAACCAAGGUUACACACCUGUAUUUUUAUUAUUUUUUAUUUUUUUCAGGCAAAAUUGUUGUGCAAGUAUGUAUUUCCAUUUUAUGUGCGCAUAGAAUGGAAAUAUAUGAUAUCAAAUCUUGUGUGCCACGAUUCCUCAGGCCCAUACUAACUGUCCUUAAUUUCUCUCCUACAGCAGUACUGCUUUGCCAGUCCUGGCUGCGAUCUCUUAUGAGCAGCAGCUCGUCCUGUGCUUCUUUUCUGCCGGUUGAAGCCUGACUGCAGAAGGACCCUGGCACUGAAAGUGGGGCAAAACGCCGGACCCUAAGCAGCCGGCCCGGACGUACAUGGAUGUGAUGAGGGAGCAGCACCUCACCAAAGAGGAGAAAGAGAUCCGGCAGCAGCUGGCGGAGAAGGCCAAAGCGGGGGAGCUGAAGGUGGUGAACGGCUCCGCUGCCUCCCAGGCGGCCGCCGCCGCCGCAGCCGCCAAGCGCAAGCGCCGCUGGGACCAGACCGCCGACCAGACGCCCACCAGCGGCACGCCCAGCAGCGGCACGCCCAAGAAGGUCUCCAGCUGGGACCAGGCCGACGCCAGCGUCGAGACCCCAGGCCACACCCCAGGCCACACCCCCUCCAACAGUCGCUGGGACGAGACGCCCGGGCGGGCCAAGGGCAGCGAGACGCCGGGGGCCACGCCCAGCACGCGCAUGUGGGAGCCGACGCCCAGCCACACGCCCGCGGGCGCCGCCACCCCGGGCCGCGGGGACACGCCCGGCCACGCCACGCCCGGCCACGGGGGAGCCACCUCCAGCGUGCGCAAGAACCGCUGGGACGAGACGCCCAAGACGGAGCGAGAGACCCCGGGGCACGGCAGCGGCUGGGCUGAGACGCCCCGCACAGACAGGGGGGACGAGUCCGUGGGGGAGACCCCCACCCCCGGGGCCAGCAAGCGCAAGUCCCGCUGGGACGAGACCCCGGCCAGUCAGAUGGGCUCGUCCACCCCCCUGCUCACCCCGGGGAAGACCCCCAUCGGCACCCCCGCCAUGAACAUGGCCACGCCCACCCCAGGUCACCUGAUGAGCAUGACGCCCGAGCAGCUGCAGGCCUGGCGCUGGGAGCGGGAAAUCGACGAGCGGAACCGCCCGCUGACCGACGAGGAGCUGGACGCCAUGUUCCCCGAGGGCUACAAGGUGCUGCCCCCGCCCGCGGGAUACGUGCCCAUCCGCACCCCCGCCCGCAAGCUGACCGCCACCCCCACGCCCAUCGGGGGCAUGACCGGGUUCCACAUGCAGACGGAGGACCGCACCAUGAAGACCGUGAACGACCAGCCGUCCGGGAACCUGCCCUUCCUCAAGCCCGACGACAUCCAGUACUUCGACAAGCUGCUGGUGGAGGUGGACGAGUCCACUCUGAGCCCAGAGGAACAGAAGGAGCGCAAGAUCAUGAAACUGCUGCUGAAGAUCAAGAACGGCACGCCCCCCAUGAGGAAGGCUGCUCUGCGUCAGAUCACAGAUAAAGCCCGUGAGUUUGGGGCAGGUCCCCUCUUCAACCAGAUCCUGCCCCUGCUCAUGUCCCCCACGCUGGAGGACCAGGAGCGCCAUCUGCUGGUCAAAGUCAUCGACCGCAUCCUCUACAAGCUGGACGACCUGGUCCGACCCUACGUGCACAAGAUCCUGGUGGUGAUCGAGCCCUUGCUGAUUGAUGAGGAUUACUACGCCAGAGUGGAGGGCAGGGAGAUCAUCUCUAACCUGGCCAAGGCUGCCGGCCUGGCCACCAUGAUCUCCACCAUGAGGCCCGACAUCGACAACAUGGACGAGUACGUGAGGAACACCACGGCCCGCGCCUUCGCCGUGGUGGCGUCCGCGCUGGGCAUCCCCUCGCUGCUGCCCUUCCUCAAGGCCGUCUGCAAGAGCAAGAAGUCCUGGCAGGCGCGCCACACCGGCAUCAAGAUCGUGCAGCAGAUCGCCAUCCUCAUGGGCUGCGCCAUCCUGCCCCACCUGCGCAGCCUGGUGGAGAUCAUCGAGCACGGUCUGGUGGACGAGCAGCAGAAGGUGCGCACCAUCAGUGCCCUGGCCAUCGCUGCCCUGGCUGAGGCGGCCACGCCCUACGGUAUCGAGUCCUUCGACUCCGUGCUCAAGCCCCUGUGGAAGGGCAUCCGGCAGCACAGGGGAAAGGGUCUGGCAGCCUUCCUGAAGGCCAUUGGCUACCUGAUCCCCCUGAUGGACGCUGAAUACGCCAAUUACUACACCAGGGAGGUGAUGCUGAUCCUCAUCCGAGAGUUCCAGUCUCCUGAUGAGGAGAUGAAGAAGAUCGUGCUCAAGGUGGUGAAGCAGUGCUGUGGGACCGAUGGUGUGGAGGCCAACUACAUCAAGACCGAGAUCCUGCCCCCGUUCUUCAAGCACUUCUGGCAGCACCGGAUGGCUCUGGACCGUCGUAACUACAGACAGCUGGUGGACACCACGGUGGAGCUGGCCAAUAAGGUGGGGGCGGCGGAGAUCAUCUCGCGCAUCGUGGACGACCUGAAGGACGAGGCGGAGCAGUACCGCAAGAUGGUGAUGGAGACCAUCGAGAAGAUCAUGGGCAACCUGGGCGCGGCCGACAUCGACCACAAGCUGGAGGAGCAGCUGAUCGACGGCAUCCUGUACGCCUUCCAGGAGCAGACCACAGAGGACUCUGUGAUGCUGAACGGUUUCGGGACGGUGGUCAACGCCCUGGGGAAGCGGGUCAAGCCCUACCUGCCGCAGAUCUGCGGUACCGUCCUGUGGCGUCUCAACAACAAGUCCGCCAAAGUGCGCCAGCAGGCGGCCGACCUGAUCUCGCGCACCGCCGUGGUGAUGAAGACCUGCCAGGAGGAGAAGCUGAUGGGGCAUUUGGGUGUGGUGUUGUAUGAGUACCUGGGAGAGGAGUACCCUGAAGUUCUGGGGAGCAUCCUUGGAGCCCUGAAGGCCAUCGUCAACGUCAUCGGCAUGCACAAGAUGACCCCGCCCAUCAAGGACCUGCUGCCGCGUCUGACGCCCAUCCUGAAGAACAGGCACGAGAAGGUGCAGGAGAACUGCAUCGACCUGGUGGGCAGGAUCGCCGACAGGGGGGCGGAGUACGUGGGGGUGUUAACUCUGUUUUUUUUCGCGCAGGGGGGCGGAGUACGUGUCGGCCCGGGAGUGGAUGAGGAUCUGCUUCGAGCUGCUGGAGCUGCUGAAGGCUCACAAGAAGGCCAUCCGCCGAGCCACCGUCAACACCUUCGGCUACAUCGCCAAGGCCAUCGGGCCCCACGACGUGCUGGCCACGCUGCUGAACAACCUGAAGGUGCAGGAGCGGCAGAACCGCGUGUGCACCACGGUGGCCAUCGCCAUCGUGGCCGAGACCUGCUCGCCGUUCACCGUGCUGCCGGCGCUGAUGAACGAGUACCGGGUGCCGGAGCUGAACGUGCAGAACGGCGUGCUCAAGUCCCUCUCCUUCCUGUUCGAGUACAUCGGCGAGAUGGGCAAGGACUACAUCUACGCCGUCACGCCGCUGCUGGAGGACGCGCUCAUGGACAGGGACCUGGUGCACCGGCAGACGGCCAGCGCGGUGGUGCAGCACAUGUCCCUGGGCGUGUACGGCUUCGGGUGCGAGGACUCGCUCAACCACCUGCUGAACUACGUGUGGCCCAACGUGUUCGAGACCUCGCCCCACGUCAUCCAGGCCGUCAUGGGGGCGCUGGAGGGGCUCCGCGUGGCCAUCGGGCCCUGCCGAAUGCUGCAGUACUGCCUACAGGGCCUGUUCCACCCGGCGCGGAAGGUGCGGGACGUGUACUGGAAGAUCUACAACUCCAUCUACAUCGGGUCCCAGGACGCCCUGAUCGCCCACUACCCCCACGUCUACAACGACGAAAAGAACCCCUUCAUCCGCUACGAGCUGGAGUACUUCCUGUGAACACAAACCCCCCUCCCCGCUGUUCCCUUUCCAUUCCACAGAAGCCCCGCCCACUCUUCCGCGCACACUUAUUUUACUGUCCGCCUCGUCAUUGGCUGCACCUUUCUCAGCUCCGCCCCCCCCCCGUUCUCUGUCCCUCCCCCCCUUUUGGACGUUACUUGUUUUUUAUCGUUUAGUUGUGUGUGUGUGUCUGGUAGUGGAUGACCAGUCAGCCACAGUGGCACCAAAAAAAAAUGAAUCAUUUUUAAUAAAAGAGAAAAAAAGGAAAAAAAAUAAAUGGAACAACAUAGAGCCCGUAGGUGAAUUUUUUUUCUUUUUCUCCCUUUGUGAGAAAUCGCAGCAGAGCGUUAGCCGCAGUGCUAAGGAAAAGCUUCUAUCAGAAGGAUUCUGGGUAAACUUUAAUAUUAAUCGUCAUGGUUUCCUCGUAGUGGCACUUCAGCGCCUCUCUGCUGGGGCUUAUUCUCCAUUUUUGAUCUUGCGAAGUGUUUCCUUACUUGACAGAAUAAACACUUGUGUACAAUA